AUGAAUGUACCAUGGAUUAUUAUACUAAGGGUCGUGGACAAGUUGGUAGAGUUUGACGAAGUCCGUCAGAAAUUAGAAAUGCAGAUUCAAAGUAAGGAAAGCACCUUCCGCCGUUACCACCGUGUCUCGAGUGCGUCGGAAAUUGAACACAUGCCACCGAUUACACGGCAUACUGAAGAUAGUGAUUGUAUAGCACCUGACCAUUUGGCCAAUAACAUGCAACUUUUAACAACAAUGGACAACCAGCAACCAUUAGGCUUUGAUUGUGAGCCGGACGUCCAGAUCAAGAUACCAAUACUGUCAAAAAAAUUCAAAAGAUGUGAAAAACUAUACUCGAACAUAACUGCAGAGGAUUCUAAAUAUUUUCUGGAACACCUCUCGCCGGUUAGUACGGUGACUGAACAGCUUAAUGCUCACGUGACAUAG